AUGAUAAGGUGUUCCUUGGUUGCGGUUACCUUUGCAGGUUUACUGCUACGAGCGGUGGAAGCAAAUGGGGAGACAAAGCUAAACAAGGAAGGUGCAUUGGCGCUAUGUAAGCUGACGGAUCUUGCUAAAACUAUAGAAAAAAGAAGGGCAGACAAAAUCCGAGAAAAAACUCAAGGCUUUGCGGAUGAUAUACAACUCUGGCUGGACAGGUUGGAACACUGGUUACAAACACUGGAAAACCGUGCACACAGUAACGAUGGCUAUUCGAAGCUUUCGGAUGCUGAUACUAAAAAAGUGAAGGACAUAUACGAAAAGGCGAAGGAUAAAUUAAAGAAUAAGCUGCCAACAGCGAAAAUGUAUGGCGAGGAAGCGAAAAAACGCUGCCAGGCUGCGACAGAAGCGGCAAAAAAGGCGCGAGGAUGGGAACUUGACUAUGACGGCCAAAAUUCCAGUGGACUUCACCAGCUUUUAGAGUGGUACUGCGGGAAGAAGGGAGAUAAUGCACAGACCACUAGCUGUGAAGGUAUUACGUUCAAAACCCAUUAUUCAGGGACGGGAAGGAAUACCAUUGACUGCGAAGCAACGGGUCACAAAACAACACUUUAUGACGAUAUAUCCUCAGGGACGAUGAAACAAGCCUUAGAAGAAUGGGAAAAUAAGAAACCAAAAGGCCAACAGCCAGUCACCAACAACUGGAAGGCCGACUAUGACUCAGCCACGAACAAGCUUAAGGAACUCGAAGAGUCACACGAACAAGGUAAAAAGACUCAUGAUGAUGUAUCUGGCUUUUAUAGUGGUGCAAGUGCUGUCCACAGCGGACUGAGUGCAGGCAAGCCACUCAGCGAAGUUUUGGUCGAAGCCAAGGAAGCAAGCAGAAAGGGUGCAAAAUUCACUAACCCUGGAGGUGCCGCUCCCGAGACCACACACCGAGGGGUUGGCACUUCAACUGGAGAGGGUGGGGCAACAGAAACAACAGGAGGAACAUCAACAACAAUAUCAACAGGAACAGGAACAGGAACAACAAGUGGAACCGAACCAGAGGUCGUUGGAGCUGAUGCGGACUUCGGUGACCUCCUGGAGACUAGUGAUAGAUCAGCACUAAGCAGUAAGAUCAAGGAAAGCAAGGUAAUACUUAUGGCUGUUCUCAUACCUGUCGCUAUCCUCGCGAUUAUUACAGCUGUGGUGCUUGUGUUUGUGAGACGAAGAAGAGGUAAUGCUGAAGAUGUAAUUGAUGAGAAAGGUGAGGCAGUUUCUUCACCUGACAAAAAGGGUGGGGCAACCUCUCCAUGUUACAGGAAGGAAUGA